CUGGCUAUCAUAAAGUUGUAGUGAACUCGAGCGAAAAAAUCCUUUUAUUCAAGUAAUCUGAUACAUCAAAUGGAUCAAACCUACAGAGAACAAAGCAUUGUGUGACAAUGAGUAUAUUUACAAGAGCGUAUAUACCUUAACAAUAGAAGGCGCUGUGUGAAAUGCUAUGGAACUGAACGGCUAAAGGCAAAUUCGUAAACUUUGCCGCAUUAAACACGAAACGAUUGAUACAAAUAUAAAACUUAAGAUAAAGCUGUGCCAGGACGCCGAUAAUUUCUUAUUGCUAUGUUAUCAAAUGUUGGAUAACAGGGAGAAAUCGGAAUAUAACAAAUAGUGCAGAGUUUAAUAAAAGCGGCCAUUCAAUGGGAGUUUGAUGGAUAAGCCGUCAGUGACAAGGGGAAAAAGCGCGGCUGAACAUGACAUAUACACCGGCAAGCUACCGUCGCUUACUGUGCGCUUAACAGGUCGCGGCUUUAUCUGAAAAGCGACUGAGGAAAUAAUAUCUCAAUUAUAAAGCUACUCGUAACACGCUGACUACUAGACUACUUGAAAGUUCAUUCAUUUGUUAAAUACUGUGGUGGAAAAAUGAACCAAAGCAAACAGUUUGCGUGACUGGAGUUGUUAGCUUUGUGAAUAUAAAAUCGCGAAAAUUGCCUGGCUUAAAUUUAAACUUCGACAUACUUUUAACAUUUUAUGAGUUGCUCACGUGGAUUUAUGUUAACAGUGAAGGAACAUUCUGGAUAAUUUAAGAUUGAUGAUUGAAAGGUUUUUACCGAUCUUUAGAUGUGCUACUGUUGAUUUAUAUCAUAAAGGAAUUAAAUUUACAUCAGGAAUUACACCUGCUGUUUUAUUAUUGUAUACGUCCUCAGACAAUUCGUGUUGGAUGUAACCCUGUGGAUAUAUCACAUAUGUUUCCUGUUUAAAAUAUUUAUUUAUAAAAUACUCGGCUGUGUUAUAGUGCAAAAUUAAAAAUGGAAAAAUCGGGAUCCUUUUCCAAGAUGGCAAAAGCGCUUCCCAAAACGGAGAAAACGGACUCUAUCCAAAAAUCGCCAUCAGACGAUAGUUUAAAGCAACCUCUUCAAUCGAUUUUAGUGAAGUGUCCCUCAGGGGAUGACGAGGAGUCGUUCUUCAAAAUGGGUAAAUUCCGCCCAAGGGCGAUGACCGACCCCAUAUCUCCGCGACCCCGAUUACAUGUCCACUUUGACCUCCCGGAUAUUACCGUCGACGACUGUUCUGACGACGAGGAUAAUGAUGAGUUUCGUGAAGAACUUGCAAACACGAACGAAGGAGCUUUCUUCGUGUUUAAGUCCCCGCCGCGACAGCGCUCGAAUACGUGUCCAAUGAACAUGUUUAGCAAACGGCAACGGAAUAGACGGAACCGACCGGCGACUCCACCGCCUGCGGACGAAGUUCCGCAUGACGCUCCACGCUACCCAUCAUGGGAACGGGUACCCUUUUCACCUCACGCGUUAACUAGCGUUGAAGAAACCGAAACAGUACCUUCUAAAGAAACAGUUGUUACGACGGACCUAAAAUCCGUGACAAAAUCUGAGUCAACUGGACGUGUAAGAAAACUGUCAACAGGUAAAUCGCCAAAGAGUAGGAAUAUUGUGAGUGAUGUGUCCAAAUCACAAUCAAAGGGCUCAGGGCCAAGAUUAACCAACGGCCACUUGACUUCCAAACAGGGAAAUCCUAUUGACAUAACUGGAUGAUAAUGUUUUUUUUUUGCAAUAGGCCAGUAUAAAUUAAUUGCUAGAUUUUCAUUCAAAUAUUUUCUUAAUUGGGGGCGGGGUUGACAUUUUUAUUUUUACUUUUAUAUUUUUUUAGAUAUCUGUCUUACCGUUUAAUAUGUGUUCAUGCCCUUUCUUAUUGCAAAAUGAGCCAUAUAUAUGUGUUUCUAGAUGAACCCCGAACAUGAACGCAUCAAUUAUCUUUUUUAACAUUCCCGUACAGUAUCGGAUCGAAACGCAAAUACAGGCCAUUGUUCAAUUAUUUUUUUUACUCAAUAUCAAAUUUAAGGGGCGGCGGAAAAUAUGAAGGGGGGGGGGAAGCGGCGGGGACGUAAAUCUAGCAAUUAAGUUAUGGUCGCCAUAUGUAAGAUACCAUGUUGUUGUCUGUGUUAACUGUCUGUUAAUUGCCUAUUAAGUAUGAUAUAAUUAACUGUUGUGAGAAAAACAUUGAUAUAUUUGUGAAUAUACAAAAUUUUCAGAGAGUUUUUAUUUCAUAUGUCGUUAAAUCAUCAGAUUUAUUGUUCAUCGAAACGGGUUUAUAUUUAACAUAUACCAUGUAUUUCAGCAAUGAAUGGUCCGUACACAGAUCUUAUGUAAAUCUAAUCUAAUGUCAAGAUACUAAACUACGCAUUUUAGUAUAAAUCUUUAUGCGAGGAUGUGAACCAUCAUGCAUCGUUGUCAUUUUAUGAGCAUGUAAGCUGUCAGGCGUCGGAACAAUCAAUUUUCACAGGUUUUGUGAUUUGUGUGUAUUAAGAUAUUGUGACAUUAAUAAAGAAUUCGUCUGGGACCAACA